AUGCAUGACAACCGGCUGUCCGAGGAACAGACUCGGAGCUGCGAGUUUGAGCGCAAACAGGGCACAAGCAGCCCCUUUUCUGUCUGCGGGCUCUUCAUCGUCAACAACAACAACAACAACAACAUCCUCAUCCUCAUCCUCAUCAUCAUCAUCAACAUCAUCAUCAUCAUCAACAUCAUCAUCAUCAUCAACAUCAACAUCAACAUCAACAACGGGCAGAACUCCCUCGACAACGCUGCACACAGUGGCGAGCACGACUGCGACAAAGGCGCCAUCGCGGGCAUCGCCGUGGGAGCAGUGGCGGGAGUCUGCAUCCUCGUCCUUGCCGCCUUUUUCGCUCUGAGGCAGCGCAAGAAGAACAAGGCCCCAAGCAUAACCAUCACGGCCAGCGGCACCGGCCGAAAGGACGAGCAUGGCGACGACUCGCUGACCGAGAUGUAUCAAGACAAGACGGCGGCAAACACGCACGAGCUGUCAGGAUCCGGCACCGGCCAGAUGGCGCAAUUACAAUCACACUCACGGGCACUCCAUGCUCAUGCUGCUGCCCAGCCAUCUCCGGGCCUCGAGUCGCCCAUCUCAGAGCUCCCCGCAACGCCGUCGACGCCAGGCAACCGACACUUUGUCUCCGUUGCCAGCUCCGAUGGCGUGACGGGCAGGGAGAGCGAGCUGUCCGGCGUUAGCGCUUCACCAAAGCAAAGUCCGCUGAUGCAUCAGUCGUUGUUCGAGCUCGAGGACUCGUCGACCCGGACAUUUGUGGGGAGGUAA